ACUUUAUGGGGUCGGAAACGCUUCUUUCUGCCUGUUACAUACCUUCCGACGAAUCUAGCUGACCACUCGGAAAGGCGGUUGGAUCCUGUUUUUCGUGCGGGUGAACAAGCAGCCGAUACUUGAUUUCGUUAUAUUAGGCGCUUGGCUCCUACGUACCGUGCGAGUGAGCAAAAAGCAAAUACCGUGCAACGAGCACAGGGUAGAUCAACUUAGAAUCACCUGUUGGAAAGAGCGCAGGAUAUGGCUAGGAGUGCUACAGCUAGACGUUUUAGGUCGUCGAUCAGGUAAAAAAAUACACCGGCUCGAAAAGCAACUAUCGAUGCAAUUAAAAAUAUAUGUCAAAGAGUUAGUCAGUAUAGAAGCCUUAGUGGAAAUAGGGAAGCAGAAAACAUUCGGAACUCAAUCCAAAGUCAGGAGAUACGGCUUAGUGUUUCUCAGGAGCAUAGGCCCAGUAGAAACCCUACUGAAUUGAAAGUUCUUAUAGUCACUUUUAAUAGAAAAGUAAAGCUUGGUCUUUAUCAGAUUUGCCUUUGUUGUAAAGAGUUGUGGUUUCCAAAGCAAAGAAAUAAGCUUCUUAGAUCCUAUUUGGAAAACAUAGUGAGUUCAGGGAAGAGAUUUACCAGAAUGCCACCAUCUUUCAGUUGUCAAUCUUUUAAGUUCUGUGCAACUUGUCACAGCAAUAUAAAAGCCGGCAGAAAGUCCAAAGGUGCCAUAUUCAAAGGCCUAGACUUCCCAGAAGUUUCGCAUUCCUUGAGGGGGCUUACGAUCUUGGAGGAACGACUGAUUUUACCUCGCUUUCCAUUUCGAUAGGUCAUGAGCGUCAAAGUGCUAUAAAAGAAGUUGUUGUAAAUGUUCCAAUUCCAGUGAGCAAUAUCGCGACGUCCCUCCCACAAGCUUUAUAUGAGGCUGAGGUUAUACAAGCUACCCCUCAAGCGAUGAAUGGACUAUGGACAUGAUUUCAUGAUUUUCAUAAAGGUCUCUUUAUUAGAGCUGGGAAAAAAUCGGUGUCAACAUCGAUUACAUUGAUUUUUUUUUCGGUCGAUGCAUCGAUCCGGUUUUGAAAAAUUCGAUAUGUCGAAUCCAUCAUAAAGAUAUAUUUAACCACUGUGAAUAAGAAGAGAAGAAAGACGUGCAAAUAACGGUAAUUAAAAAAAAUUUGCUUACAAAUUAUUAAAUAUAUCCAAACGUUUCCUUAAGAUUGUUGUGUGUUGGUGGAUAAGAAAACUGGAGGAAAAUGGACAUAUUUUUGGAAGAGUCAGGUAAAAAUUCUUAAAUUCAGUAUUAAGCACGAGUUUCGCGAAGCUAGAGAUGGCAUAUAGCAUGUUUAUCCAUAUGUACAUAAAUAAAUACAUAUUUGCAAUAAAGUUUCCCUUAUAUCACCCACCGCCAGGAACGACGAGAACGGGAAGAUGUCGAAGGCGCGCUGGAAGAUCGUCCAUGCGCGACUCGUUGAGUCUCUCUAUGCACGGAUGGAAGAGGCACCAACAGACCCCAUGCCCACAAUCGAUGGUGCAGGGUGGUUGAACGGUGUCAAAAUCCUGAAGUGCAAAGACGAUCCGACCAGAAGGUGGCUAACGCAAUCGGUCUGCCAACUGGAGGCGUUUUGGGAGGGGGCCAAGCUAGAAGUGGUGGAAAGGGAAUUCAUCCCAUUCAUGCCGAAUGCGAAAUUGCUCUUCCCCAUCGCAAUCCAAGGGGAUCGAAUUGGAAGAUUGUGCACAUGGUCAGCUCACUACCCAACGAGGGGGGGCAAUGUGUGGUUCUCCAAAUCAACAAGGAGGCGGACGCUCUGCAGAACCCAAGAUUCGGGAAGAUGGCGUGGGGCUUGGGUAGUGUCUACCUGCGUCUUAAGAAGCGCCACCCCGACGACAAAGGCGCACACAUCCUGCAGGCAGGCGUGGUGGAGAAGGACCUAGGUCUGGAAGCCAUCGUGGAAGCCGACCAGGACCUUGCGCUAGACGACUCGGAGAACGAAGAGGACGGUGAACUGACUGUCAUAGCCAACCCGUCGAGCGGAGAUAAGCCAGCCACCCAUGACACUGAAGGUGCUUCAGAUUGCGGCGGAGCUCCUGAUUGCCCUGAAGCAAGGGCCCGUCGACAUAGCCUUAGUUCAAGAGUCAUGGAUUGCCUCGAGCAAUAUCGUGGCCGGACUAAGGUCCUCAAACAACAAUACAUUCUACUCCGAACGUUCUGAUGACUUGACUACCGUGAUGCUAGAAAGCAAUGAGCAGCGCCUCUUGGUAGCCUGCUACAUGGCACACGACAGACCGGCGCCACCAG